CUCGUCGCGAACCUAUUCCACCGCCAAUAUGUCCAUCGAAAAGGCCAACCGUCCCAUCGUCAUCUCCGGGCCCUCUGGCUCUGGCAAGUCGACCCACUUGAACCGCCUGCUCAAGGAGUACCCCGACCGCUUCGGCUUCUCCAUCUCUCACACUACUCGCCAACCCAGAGGCACCGAGCAAAAUGGCAUCGAAUACCACUUCGUCACAAAGGAGGACUUCUUGAAGUUGGUCGAUCAGGGUGGUUUCAUCGAGCACGCCCAGUUCGGCAGCAACUACUACGGCACCAGCGUCCAGGCCGUUCGCGACGUCGCCCAGAAGGACCGCACUUGCAUCCUUGACAUUGAGAUGGAGGGUGUCAAGCAAGUAAAGAAGACCAGCCUCAACGCCCGCUACCUCUCCCUCCAACCACCAUCCAUCGAGAUCCUCGAGGCCCGUCUGCGUGGCCGUGCCACCGACACCGAAGAUGCCAUCACCCAGCGUCUUGCACAAGCCAAGAACGAACUCGAAUUCGCAAAGACUCCUGGUGUUUUCGACAAGGUCAUCAUCAACGACGACCUCGAGAAGGCCUGGACAGAAUUCAAGGCUUUCUGCGUGUCUGAGGAGUAGAAAGAGAUGAAGAUGAUAAUAUACCAAAAUGCUACGAUGCAAUACAUUAAUUCACAAUUUGCUUCCACUCCUUUUUUCCAAUCUGGAGACAUCACCAAAAGAAGAAAGAAGAAAAAAGAAAAAGAGAAUUAAAACCUGGAAUGAGCAGAACUCAAUCGUUCGUGCCUCUGAUCAACUCACAAAGAUUGAAUUAAGAGGCAGCUGUAUAGCUAGGGAAAACCCCUCCGUUGCAUUUUGACUGCAAGUUUCGGAAUAAUCUCCAAGUGAGCUACUCGACCGAAGGGUCUACUGUGAGGAGGGUGGAUGGAUUAUAUACCUGUUUUCAAUAACUCAGAUGGAGGUAGGGAAGGAAGGUGAGUUUUGGUUUGAGGUUGUGCACUUUUUGAUCACCGUUCCCACUGAGUUACCUUGGCUAUUUAGUUCUCAACAUGCCAUCCUCACAUCUUCCCGAGGAUGAAGCCAACAAAUCGAACGC